AGUGGUCUGAAAGCAGGCGGUGUGCGCACUACGACUGCGAUGCAUUGUGGAUUCAAAAUUUUCAAGAUGGCGGCGAAGGUCGAGAAAUUUCGCAGGUUAUAUGCUUUAUUUUUCAAUAGAUACAGUUCUUUCCUUAGAUAGUUUUUCUCGAUUUCACAAGCUAAUAUUUGUUUAGAUUUUUUCUGUGAAGAAAAACAAAUCAAUAUUCUUCAUUUCAAUCUAAAACGUGGAGCCCGAAGAUUCCUCCUGUAAGAGCAUGAAAUUUGAACCCGGUUUUUAAGAGGCUAUAAUUUCCAUUAUAUUGCCCGUCGAAAGUAGAAGAUAGUUGUAAGUGUUUCUACAAACCUUGUUCUACGCUAAUUUUUUAUCGCUCCCCAACGCGCCCCACGUUUUGUGAUACUUUUUCCGAAUUGAAACCGGCAUGUUUUCAUUGGAAAAUGUAGCCUCGCGAAGACCAAUGUGACAUGUUACUGGAAGUGUUACUGUUGUAAUCACAAGCUGAUCACAAAAUAGCGGGGCAGCGGCGACUGGUUCCUCCAAACAAUAGCAUUAGGUGUGCAUAAAAUGUUCGAAACUGGUAUAUAAAUAGGCUGAUGAGUACUCUGAUGUAGGAAUGUCUGUUUUUGUAAUAGGACUAAAAAAGCAUAAUAAAAUUGCAGUCAUACAUGUGACUCUCUUUAUGCAGGUAUAAAAUCAGUAGGAUUAGAAUUACAGGUAUUAAAUUAAAAGAUAAGUUUGAUUAUACAGUUAAGCCCUGUGCAUUUUGAAACCAGCAAUCUACUUCCAAGAUUGGUGUAAUGUUGUGUGGAGGUUAUGACUUUGUCAGUUUCUUGCCUAGUCCCUGUUUUAUUCAGUGGUGAUUAGCCUCCAUAGCAGGCAUUUAAAAGGAAAGGGAGAGGCUUUUGGGCACAAGAGAAAUGCGAAGAGUGCACAAGGAAGGAGGGAGUGAUUUCAACAUUCAACUGGUUGAUGUUUAUAAUGCAAAAAACAAUUAGUCUCCUGUAUGGCAGGCAUUUCCCUCCCUCCUUCCCUCACAUUUCUCUUGCACUAAGACCCACUUUCCCUUUUCUUUGAAAUGCCUGCCACACAGGCUAAGUGAUGUCAUUCAAUCUGUUUACCCGUUUACACUGUUCAAUAUAUAUCAAACAAUUUGCAUAUUUUGGUGGCUUUAGUUAAAAUAUAAAUUGCUCGAUCAUUGAAUGUGCUUUUGAUAUUGGAAAACCAAGGCUGAAAAAAUGGUUACAGGGAAAGGAAAUAGAAAAAGUGGAACAAUGGGGCAGUAACGUUGUGAGACUAAGAACCUGAAUUAACUAAGUAAGCCUAAACAGAUUCUUAUAUAAAUAGUAGUUAGCACAUGUUUAGGCUAUUUAGGUUUUUAAAUGGGUUCAUAUUUUCUGAAGUAAAAAUGUAGCUAAGAGUAUUUGUGUUUCACCUUAUUCCUCACAUAAAGUCUGCAUACCAAAUUAGAAGUUAUGUGAGAAUGGACAUAAAAAGAGGAAUGUAUUUAAAUUUAAACAUUGGCAUUUACAUUGCAGUUGGAGUGAUAAGACAGCUUUGUCUCCAAAGAAGAUUCUAAAUGUUGAUUUAUCUCUUCUCAAGUGUACAGAAUUUUUUCAUAGAUUUCAAAAAUAAGAACCUGUUUCAAAUUUUAAGCUAAACAGGUUUUUAUAUAGGGGGGGCUCAUCUGGCAUAAUUUUAUUUUAGCUGAACAGGUUCUUGAACUUCAGGUUCUAAGUCAGGGGGUUUUACUGUACCACUAGGAUCCACCUCUGCAAUAACUGGUAACCCAAAAGCCCUCUUUACGGACAACCGCUUCAUACAGACACCUGAUCAAGGCUGUGCUCUAGCAGAGCCCUGUGGCCCCUGGCACCUAACUUUUGCUUUUGGGUGACUAGAAAAUGUCAGACUUUUCAUACAAAUCAUAUGCCUAGAUAUUGCAGGUUCAGAGAACUAGGUUCCUUUCAAUGUUCCUUAGAGCACAGCCUUGCUCAUCAUUACAGAUAGCUUGCUUUGUUCCCUGGAAAAAAGCCCUUAAAUUUUCUCUAAAUUAAGAUGGUUAAUUUCUACGGUCCCCUCAGUGUCUGUAUAACAGAGUUGACUGUGAGUAUGAUGAGACCUAUGACACCAUAUUUAAAUUAUAAAAUUGGGGUGAGGAGAAAGGAAAGGAGUCUUAAGCUAUGUUGCCCCAGCCCUGAUUACAAGAGAUUUGUAAACGUGUAUGAAUUUCACAUUUUGAAGAGUUUUUAUAACCCAAAAAAAUAUGUGAUAACAUGUGUUUGUACAUACUGACACAAUCUUUAAACAAAUAUUGGCUGCAGCUUUUAAAAUCUAUUGACUGCAUCAGGCUUUGUAAUCACAAAUAUGCCAUUUUCAGUUUCAAUCCAGUUAUAAGGCAUUCUAUGACUCAUACCAAUAGAAAAAUAUGGCAAAUAAAGAUGCUCAAUAUUAUAUUAUCUAUAAAGAGGACACAACUUCACUGUACACAAAUACUCUCUAUUUUAUUUACUUGUCUUCAUGUGAUGAUAAAUUAAGCAAAACGAAAUGCAGACUUGGUGCCAACAGAGAAACAAGUCCUCGAAACGAUGACCCCCUCAACUUCGAUUCUCUUAUUACAGCUAGCAAGUGAACAUCUUGCAAUGCUGAAUGACAAAACAAAUAAGCUCACUGUGUUUAAAUACCGUUGCCGGGUAUUCUGAAGAAGCUCCUAGUAUUUUAUGAGUAUAUCACAGCUAUGCACAUCAGUACCUCUUAGCACUAGUUGCACUGAUUUCACGGUGAAUUCAAAAAUUUUCGGCGAACCGCGGGUCUUACCUCCAGUGCUUUUCAUGAUUGAAGCAUUGAACAAAGCGUUUCUGUGCCGACUUUUCUCGGUCAGUUGCAAACAGGAUGCAAGUGAUUACGAACAAAAUACACCAGAAUACACUUAUCAACGGAAUGAGACUGUUUUUUCCCUGAGAAUUGGACAAAUUGGACUUUCUUUUUCAAGGGCUUCCGGAGGACAUUCAAAGCAAAAUCGUAUAUAUCUAGAGCGUAAUUAACGAAUAUUCACUCCGCAGUCGAGAUGUUCACUCCACGCCAUCUUGACACAAAUGAUCAGAUUUUGAAUACCGCCCAUGAUGCUUAGCGAUCGUAGUGUGCACACCGCCUGGUCUGAAAGCGUGUAUUUUGAAAGGUGAUCACGUAGAAGGAGACGAAGAAGAAAGAAAAGAAGAACAAGAAGGAUUGGCACUCAGUGCAAUAGAAAACCUGAAGGAGUUUCAGUUAAUUUUUGCUCACCCGGAAGCCCUUGUAGGCAACAAAAAUGUCAUUAAGCUCCUGAAGACUGCAGAGUUUAAAAAACGUAUGAAAGCCAUCGUUGUGGAUGAAGUACAUCUCGUUGUUGACUGGUGAGUGCUACAUGAAUAUGUUGUGGUCUAUUUUUUUAUCUCAGGUAAUUUUUCUUUUUCUUUUGUUGUUGGGUAUGGUAUUGUAUGCCAAUGUUUUGAGAUAAAGAAUUAUUACAACAUAUAUAUAAAUAUGAUGUUACAGGUCAAAUUUGAUUUCAGGUUAAAUUUUUUAACCUACGGUGAUUCUCAGUUUUCUUUGUCCCCUGGCCCUAAUUCAACAAAACUAAAAAAAUUGAGAAUCAACCUACGUUAAAAAAAAUUAACCUGAAAUCAAAUAUAUCCACUCCAGAUAGCAUGGUUUAAAGCAGUAGUAAUAAUAAAUGCAGAAUUUGUGCAAUAAAGAAAAAACUUGGUUGGAUUAUUCUAAAAUGUUUCAUUGUAUGGUUCUAGGAAAUAACACUACCAAUCUGAACCCCAUGGAGCGAAAUAAUUUUCCAGUGGUUAAGCAGAAGGUCUAUACCUAUUCCUGUGUUUCAACCCAAAUGAAACCUACAGGCAGAGGGGAAUAAAGAGAUUUUCUUGAAAAACACAUUACCAGUAUAUAUUCAAAGGUAUCCAGUCUGAAAGAUAUCCAAAAAAGUUAUGGCUUAUUAAGAGACUGGUACGGGUAAUUUUUUUUAGGAAGGAUUUUAGACCAUCCUAUGGGAAGCUGGCAACAAUAGGAAGCGUUCUUCCACAAGUACCAUUGCUUGGUCUCACAGCCACUGCUACCAAAAAGACCAGAACUGACAUCAUUGAGUCCCUGGGCAUGGCUAAUCCAGUUGAAAUCCUUGGAAACCCUGACCGACCAAAUAUUUAUUUCUCGUCAUCCUCUAGACCAGACAGAGGAGAGGAUAAACUAAAUGAAAUAUUGGUCCCCUUGGUGGAAAGCUUAAAGAAGGAGAGAACAAAGUUUCCUUUUACUGUUGUUUUUGGCACAUUAGAGACCAUUUCAUCAUGUUAUGCCUUUUUCAGCCGAGCAAUGGGGAAAGAGCAGUAUGAACCUAUAGAUGCCCUGCCCAAGGCCGAGAAUAGGUUAUUUACUCAAUUUCACGCCCAAUACCCACUUCAAGAAAAAGAAAGAAUAGUUGAUGGCCUAACCUUGGGGAAAUCUAAACUCAGGGUUGUCUUUGCAACAGUCGCAUUUGGUGUUGGUCUGGACUUAAAAGAUAUUAGACAAAUAAUUCAUAUAGGGCUGCCAUGUACAAUGGAAGAGUACUUUCAGGAGGCCGGUAGGGCCGGUAGAGAUGGUCUUCCUUCAAAAGCCCACAUCUACUACAAUUCAUACGAUACAUCAAAGGCAAGAAAACAUUUGUCUUCAGUAAUGAGCGAUUAUGUGCAAUCAAAGAAGUGUAAAAGAGAAAUUAUUAUGGGGUAUUUUGGGUUUUCCCCUCUGCCACUUGACACGGCUCAUGCAUGUUGUGAUUAUCAUGAGAAACUUUGUAGCUGUGAUGACUGUGUCCUCUCUGAUGUUGCAUCUUUAAUGGCUCCCACCUUGACAGAUGAAGCCCCUCCAUUAUCUAAUGAAGAUGUUUAUCCUUAUUCCAAACUAAACAUGCAGCAAAUAGCCAAGCUGAAUGAAGAACUUGUUAAAUUUAGAUUCUCAUUACCUGGACAUGGUAGGACAUCAGUAGGGAGUACAAGCCUGAGCAGUGGUGUUACUAUAAAGUUAAUUCGUGAAGUGGCUGAAAAUGCACACACAUUCUCUUCAGCAGAAGACAUUGAAAAAAGACUUCCUAUCUUUAGCCAAAGUCAUGCCAUUUCAAUGUGGAAAAUUGUUAAACAAUUCCUUCAGAAAGUGUGA